UCCACCUCCGUUGGUAACUCCAACCAUCUGAUCUGAUAUUCCGUCUCCGUACUCUGUCUUUGCCUUUUCCCUCUUUCCUUUUCUCUUUUUUCAAUAAGGUUAUAUUCCCAAUCCUCGAAAACCCUGCAACAUCUGACUCCCCUUUAAUACAAUGGCCAAUAGCAGCAGCAGGAGCUCAGUGCUCCAGUUCCUUCAUUUUAUAUCUGAUUUUUCCUCAAAUAUCCAAUCUUUGAGCUCCAAAACUCACAAAUACAGAAAGUUUCUCUCUUUUUACUCUAGCAGCUCAAAACCUACAAAAAUGGAGCUGGGUCUUCUUCCCGUGCUCAUCCUCUGCCUCUCAGCUUCCAUUUCCAGUGCGGAGCUCGCCGCCAAGGUGGGUGUGAACUACGGCCAGCUGGGCAACAACCUCCCAUCUCCGUCGCAGUCGGUGAAGCUCAUCCAAUCCCUCAAUGCGAAGCGCGUCAAGCUCUACGACGCCAACCCCAAAAUCCUCACCGCCCUUCGCAACACUGAUCUCCAGGUCUCCAUCAUGGUCCCCAACGAGCUCAUCAACAACAUCUCCUCCAAUCAAACUCUCGCCGAUCAAUGGGUCCACGUCAACGUCGUACCCUUCUACCCGGAGACCCUGAUUCGGUACCUCCUCGUCGGAAACGAAAUCCUCAGCCAACCCGAUAAGCAAAUCUGGUUCAAUCUCGUACCCGCAAUGCGGAAAAUCAAAGCUGCUCUGAAGACCCACCGGAUUACAAAGGUGAAAGUCGGAACCCCAUUGGCUAUGGACAUCCUUGAAUCGUCGUUUCCGCCUUCGAACGGCACGUUUCGGUCCGAUAUUUCGGGUUCGGUCAUCCAACCCAUGUUGAAAUUCAUCAACAAAACCAAGUCUUUCUUCUUCGUCGACGUGUACCCGUAUUUCCCCUGGUCCUCCGACCCGACCCACAUCGAUUUGGGCUACGCUCUCUUGGAAUCCAAGAACAUUACGGUCACCGACCCGGCUUCCGGCUUAACCUACCACAAUCUCUUCGACCAAAUGGUGGACGCUUUGAUUUUCGCGAUGAAAAGACUCGGGUACCCUGAUACCCGCAUUUGGAUAGCCGAAACUGGUUGGCCCAGCGGCGGCGACUAUGACCAGAUUGGCGCUAACAUCCGCAACGCCGCCACUUACAACCGAAACGUUGUAAAAAAAUUCAACGCGAAACCACCGGUGGGGACGCCGGCCCGACCUGGUGCAGUGCUCCCGAGCUUCGUCUUUGCUCUAUUCAACGAGAACACCAAACCGGGUCCCAGCACGGAGCGGAAUUUCGGCUUUCUAUACCCAAACGGGUCGAAUGUGUACCCGAUUGACUUAAGCGGGAAGACGCCCGAUUCGGAGUACGGGCCGUUGCCGGUGGCGAUGAAUAACGAGCCGUAUAAGGGGCCGAUUUGGUGCAUGGUGGCGAAGGGAGCCAAUCAGAGCGCGGUGGCGUCGGCCCUAUCGUACGCCUGCUCGCAGGGGAAUAAAACUUGUAACCCGAUUCAACCCGGAGGGAAGUGCUUUAAACCGGAUUCGUUGGCUUGGCACGCGAGCUAUGCGUUUAGCGCGUAUUGGGCUCAGUUUAGGAAGGCUGGUGGGAGUUGUUACUUUGGCGGGCUCGCUACUCAAACCAUCAAGGAUCCAAGUUAUGGAUCCUGCAAGUUCCCCGGUGCCAAACCAUGAGCGACGACGGAUACAAUGGCAGCAUGACGGUCUCUUUUCCGUGAAUAAGCUGAAAUUUUUUUUCUUGGGACAGUUGUUUUGGGUUCCCCCUUCAUUCUUGUGAUCUAAUCUACUUAAGAUUUAGAUGAUUUAUAGAGCGUAUCAUUUAGUUCUUCUCAAAAGAGUGACCUUUUAGUUAGUAGUACAAGUUUUAGAUCAAAAAAUGGUCACUCACCCAAGUGAGCCACAUUUGGAUUCUUUUCCAUCCGAAGGCUAUAUUUCUGCUCCUACUGUGACCGUUGUUCUUCUUUUUCCUUGUACUUUCCCUUGGCUUUCUUAGUAUUAUUGCAAUAUUUAUAUUGGCUAUGGAGAUUUCUCUCCAUUUUUUACA